AUGAUUGGUCGCCCCCGAAGCCUCCUUUGGACCUUGACUUUACUGGCUUCCUCCACUUCACCAGCAUCUCUCUUCCGAAAGCAGCCAGCUGGAUUGUUAUUAUUAGCGUCUGCCUUUACCACCACCACCACUGCUUCUGCCAUCGCUUUCAAGUCUGGCAUCAGUCAACGACAAGCUACUUAUUUUACUUCAGCAAGAACUACUUUGACUAUGGCCAAAUCUUCAGACGACGCUCAGAAGAAAAUCAAAAACAUUGUGGUUGUCGGGGGUGGAAUUCAAGGCACUUCGGUAGCCUAUCAACUCGCUAAAGCUGCUGCUUCUUCUGCCAGUGAUAAUGACACCAAGAUUACCAUUUUGGAGGCCAAGGCGGUAGCUUCUGCUGCUUCCGGCAAGGGUGGUGGAUUCAUGGCUCGUUCCUGGGGUGACGGAAGUCCCACUCAAGGCUUGCACGAAUUGGCCUUUGACAUGUACGAAGAAUUGGCGGCGGAGCUAAAGUGCGAGUCCUAUCGCAAGCUUCCAGUCAUAUCCGUCUCACCAGGACGAGGCAGCCAAUCCUUUCAAUCCAAUGAUCCAAUCGUUCCCAAUUGGUUGGAUGGGAACGUGGCUCGAAUCUCCCCCAUGGGAUAUGGAGAAGAUACUGCCCAAAUCACACCCAAGGAAUUUGUCGAGCAAAUGCUCCAGCAUGCGCCAGGAAUCCGAGUGGUUUUGGGAAAAUGUACCGGAGUCGAGACAGCUGGAGACGAAGGAGAGGAGCAAAUUACUGGAGUGAAAUACAUGAAUAGUAGUCGUGACAGUGACGAAGAAAAGACUCUGCCUGCGGAUGUGGUGGUGGUCUCGGCUGGCCCUUGGUCGUGCCAAGCAGAAGAUUGGUUUCCGAAUGCAGGUCUCGAACUGCCCAUGGAGGGUAUCAAAUCUACUAGCAUUGUUUGGAACAAGCCGGAAGAUAGGGAUGUCGAUGCUACAGCCUUGUUCUGUGGCGAGAAUUCCAACUUUGGAACUCACUUGGAAGUAUAUCCCCGUCCUGACGGUAGCAUUUACAUUUGUGGCAUUGGCGGUUCCGAUUACAUUUCGACUGCCCAACUCAAAGAAGGUGCCUUUCUGGAAAAUUGCGAAGCCAAUCCGACCCGGGUCGAAGCUGCCCAAGCCUCCUUCCGGGAUAUGGCACCACAAUACAAGGAAGAAAAUGGAGGUAGUUUGGAAAAGUCACAAGCGUGCAUGCGACCCUGUCCGCCCGAUGCCAUGCCAUACAUGGGAGCAGUGCCUGGAUAUACAGGUGCCUAUUUGAAUGCCGGUCACAAUUGUUGGGGCAUCGCUUGGGCACCAGCAUCUGGUAAGGCCAUGGCCGAAUUAAUUUGGGAAGGUUCCUGCUCGUCGAUCAAUUUGAAACCAUUUGACCCGGUUCGGUUCACACCCAAGUUGGCCCAACGAGGACGAAAGCGACGCGGAACUAAUGUCGGAGAGCAGUGGUAA